GUCAUUCCAACCACCCUGAAAGUGCACGACGCGAUUCUUCACCUCCCAAGGGAGAGUAAAUGCGAAGGAGAGAUCUGUCGUCUUCCUUUAGAGAGAGUCUAGACGAUCGUGUGUGUGCUUACGGCGGGGAGCCAAGGAGCUUUGGACUUUGUGGCGCAAUGAGUUCCUCGGGCGGGAGCUCCGAGAAUGGUCGACGCAAGAGAUCUUACCCCGACUGCCAUAUUUGGGCCGCCCAGACCAUCCAAAGCCAUGCGGUGCAGUGCGCCGAGUGCGGGAAGUACAGACCUAUUCCGGACAAAGUUCUCUACGAGAGUAUAAGGGAGAGAAUAGCUCGAGUUCCGUGGUAUUGCAAGGAUGCCGCGCCCUGGAAUUCCCAGGCUUCGUGCGAAGCUGCGGAUCAAUUCGAGGGAAAUUCCAACUUCAUCCUGACGGCUGAUCGGCCGGGCAUUCCUGCGACACCGCCCGGCUGGGAGCGCCGGGUUCACAUCCGAGCAGGUCCCAACGGGCGACAAUUCUCCAACAUCUUCUACUUCGCGCCUCAGGGAUCGCUGUCUUUGACGGAUAGGCGCAUGAGAUCCAUCAAAGACAUCGCAAGGCUUGCCAAGAAGCACCCUUCGCUUCUUCCGGACUCCGUCGAUGAUAUUGGAAGGCAAUUCUCUUUUGCCACACCAGCUUUUCCAGCUCAGUACGAAGCCUCGAGCGGGAAGCAGAGCUUCGCUUCGACCAGUGUCAACAUGUCACCCACGGCUUGGUCAAGCAGAUCGGACGUGGGCUUCGCUGAAAUUGCCACAACUGGACAGGGAAAGGAGAUAUAUGAUCCACUUCAGAACACAAGGAUCUUGAAUGUCUCUGAGAACAUGAUGAUAGCAGCUUAUGAAGCAGAAGCUGUGAAGGUCAACGAGCAGGAUAUGAAAUUCCUAACAACUUCUUCUUCUUCAACUAAUCCUUCAAACUCUGGGAGUGAUAUGGAUACGAGUAGCGGUGGAUCUGAUGCAGAUACAAGUGAUGAAGCGAUCUCGGUGGGUUGAGUAUUAUGUGUUCGUAGCAAUCGUCUCUAACACUGCAAAAGUGGUUCAUCUGAGUCCAAUACACGUAAUGUUUGAAAAAAUCCACAUAUGUGGCGAGGAAAUGUGCUUCUGUCGUGAACAUAAAACUUCACUGGCUUGAAACUAUGGUUUGGAUUGUCUCAACUCCAAGACUCCAAUACAUAUUUUUUCUCCGAAAAAUACGUC